CUAGGGUUUCGUAAAGAGUCACGUUGCGUUGCGGGCAUGAAACAGCAGACAGCCAGACGCACUCCAUCCCUGCAUCGCCAGCACACCUGAGUCGUUCCUCUCGUAUCCAUCAUCAGCCAAGAUGACUCACCAGUUCCCCGCCCUCACCCCGGAGCAGAAGAAGGAGCUCCAGGAGAUCGCCGAGAGGAUCGUCGCCCCGGGCAAAGGCAUCCUGGCAGCCGAUGAAUCCACCGGGAGCAUGGCAAAGCGCUUCAACCCCAUCGGUGUGGAAAACACUGAGGAAAACCGCCGGCGCUACCGCCAGCUCCUCUUCACCGCGGACGAGCGCAUCGACAGCUGCAUCGGCGGCGUGAUCUUCUUCCACGAGACCCUGUACCAGAGCAGCGACGACGGGACCGUCUUCUCCAAGCUGAUCCAGGACCGAGGCCUGGUCGUGGGCAUUAAGGUGGACAAAGGUGUUGUGCCCCUUGCGGGGACUGACGGGGAGACCACCACACAAGGUCUGGAUGGGCUGUCUGAGCGCUGCGCCCAGUACAAGAAAGAUGGCGCUGACUUCGCCAAGUGGCGGUGUGUGCUGAAGAUCUCCGAGAACACACCCUCUGAGCUCGCCAUCAUGGAGAACGCCAACGUCCUAGCACGAUAUGCUAGUAUCUGCCAACAGAACGGGAUUGUCCCUAUUGUGGAGCCUGAGAUCCUUCCCGACGGAGACCAUGACCUCAAACGCUGCCAGUACAUCAGUGAGAAGGUGCUUGCGGCCGUCUACAAAGCGCUGUCGGACCACCAUGUGUACCUGGAGGGUACGCUGCUGAAGCCCAACAUGGUCACAGCUGGACACUCCUGCCCCCACAAGUACAGCAACGAGGAGAUCGCCAUGGCAACCGUCACAGCCCUGAGACGCACGGUGCCCCCCGCCGUCACCGGCGUGACCUUCUUAUCUGGCGGCCAGUCAGAGGAGGAAGCCAGCAUUAACCUCAAUGCCAUCAAUACCUGCCCCCUGGCCAAGCCCUGGGCUCUGACCUUCUCCUACGGCCGCGCACUGCAGGCCUCCGCCCUCAACGCCUGGAAGGGAGAGCUGGACAACGAGAAGGCCGCCACCGAGGAGUUCAUAAAACGGGCCGAGGCCAACAGCCUGGCUGCACAGGGCAAGUACGAGUCCUUUGGCAGCGGCAACGCGGCGGGGCAGUCCCUCUACGUAGCCAACCACGCCUACUAAGCCAGCCCAAAGGACUACUACAUGCUGCUGUGACCACACCUAUCGUCCUACCUGCUCCGCUCCUCCACCACAACCCCGACUCCCCUCUCUAUAACCAGCCUGCUCGGUCUACCGUACUUUAGAGUUUAAAAAUACCAUUGUUAAACGUGUGAGCUUAACACAUAAUGUGAAACAACAAUGGUGAUACAUACCAAACAAACAGCAAGGGGAAGAGGCUGUGUUUUCUGUUACUCUGAUGACACAAGAGAUCCUGGUGGCAACUGUAAAAGUGAUGUUAUUUAAUGUGUGUGAGCAGUGAAUGGGUUUUUAAAAGUCAAAGGGGAUUGAGCAUGUUGGGAAUGGUUGAUUUUUGCUUUGUUGAAGGAAGUGAAACCGAGCACAUACUGUAGGUAUGUUUACCUUUCUCAUAGACCAUUAUAGAUGACGAUUGCGUCGAUGCAGGUGGUAUUUCAUCUUGGUGUUUUGAGAAUGAGAAUGCAGUUGUGGUUGGUUGACACGUGACACUACACAUCUGUCCUGCAGUGGAGCCAGUGGAUUGGUUACGAAAGUCAAGUUAGAGCGGACCAGAUUUUAAGAACAGCCAAUGAGAUUAACUGCAAAUAGUUGAAUUUGCUGAUUUACCUAAUUUAUCAGAGAAUGUCUGAGUAAGAUUGCUUGAGUGACACAGACACACAGUGUAGGUUUAACUAGAGACAGCUGUAGCUCCAGCAGCAACAACUUUACGUCAAAAUGCUCAAUCAUUCAUCUUAACGUUUCUGUUUGUCUAAUCCUUAAAAUGCUUAUUAAGGAACUGUAUUGUGUGUCUGUUCUAAAUGUAACAAGAGAUAUACAUUAUCUAUUAAUCCAUGUAUUCGGUUGUGAAGCUAUCAAUAUUUUGUGGUGCUGGUGUUUUAGUCCACUAUUGACCCUUCACUGAGACGACGGCUUCUGCUGUCACCUGUCACCUGUCACCUGUCAUGUGGGGUUCGGGGGGGAAACAGUCACUGCCUGUUGGAAUGUUCUAUUGUUUGUGUUGAUAUUGUUCUUUGAGCACUUGGUGUGUAAAGUAGUGGAGAAAAAAAUAAAAAAUACA